GAAUAAAGAUGGCUGCUGAACCAGAAGACAAUUACAUCAGCUUUGUGGAAAUGAAAUUUAUUGACAAUACACUUUACUUUGUAGAAAACCUGGAAUCAGAUUACUUUGGCAAGCUCGAACCUAGAUUCUCAAUCAUACGAAAUUUGAACAACCAAGUUCUCUUCAUUCGUGCGGGACACGCUCUGUUAGAAGAUAUGACUGAUGCUGACUGUGAAGCAAAUGCAUCCCAGACUACAUUCAUCAUAUAUAUGUAUAAAGAUAACCUCGCUAGAGGUCUGGCCGUAGCCCUCUCUGUGAAGUAUGGUAAAAUUGCUACUCUCUCCUGUAAGGACAAAGCUAUUUCCUUUAAGGAAAUGAAUCCUCCUGAUUAUAUCAGUGAAGAAGAAAGUGAAAUCAUAUUCUUUAAGAGAAGUGUUCCAGGACAUGACAAGAUACUAUUCGAGUCUUCACUGUACAAAGGAUACUUUCUAGCUUGUAAAAAAGAGAAUAACCUUUUCAAACUCAUUUUGAAAGAAAAGGACAAACAGGGCGAUGAAUCUAUAAUGUUCACUGUUCAAUACAAGGACUAGAUAUUACAAUUGCAUGGUUUGAAUUUUAUGAAUUUUUGUAUUUCACACAAGUUAUGAGACUGGGCCUGUAAUUAUAGUGAUGAAAUAAAAUAAGUAACGAUAUCAAUAGAUACCACUAUGAAAUGAAUAAUAAGCUUUCACAAAAUUGAGUCGACUCCCCCUUAACCAGAUGAAUAAAAUAUUUGCAUAGUUAAAAGAAUGCAUAGUUUGAAAACAUACUCUACAUCUUUAAUUGGAACACAGAUUAUAUUCAGCAGAAGUGUUUUGAAUCUUUGGGGUAAAUGGUCCUAAUGAUGAAAGAUACUUAUAUUUGAAUUUUCUGUUAAGAAUGUCAUUAAAACCAUCUAGAUUUUAUAGAGACUACUUGACUUAACUAAUUUCUGCAUUUCUUCCAAAGUCAGGAUAUCUUUAAAAGUCAGAUUGAUCCUGAAUCCUGCAACAUAUACUGUAAAAGAGAUUAUAUACUCUGAGCAAGUGGCAUUCAACUCAGGAAUGCAAAUGGUUUAAUAUUUUAAAAUCAAUUAAUGUAAUAAUUAAUAGAAUAAAGGAUAAAACCACACAAUCAUCUCAAUGCAGAAAAAGCAUUUGACAAAAUCCAAUUCAUAAUAAAAAUUCUCAAGCAACUUGAAAGAGAAGAUAACUUCCUCAGUGUGAUAAACCUACAGCCAACAUACUUAAUGGUGAAAAAAUGCAAGAAUGUCAGCUCUUGCAACUUCUAUUCACAACGUAGUGGAGGUUCUAGCCAGUAUAAUCACAAGAAAAAGAAAUAAAAGGCAUCCAGGUUAGAAAGGAAGAAGUAUGGGCCAGCU